AUGGCGCCCAAGACAAUUAUCGUCACAGGAGCUUCCCGGGGUAUUGGCCUCGCGAUAGCCAAGUACCUGCUCACAGCACCGCAGUCCCACAAUGUGGUGGUGGUGGCCCGCAGCCUUGAGCCACUCCAAAAGCUCAAAGAGCAAUACAGCAAGCAGGUGGAAGUUGUGAACGGCGAUCUUGCCGACUUCUCUCUUGCCCAGAAAGCCGUCGAUAUUGCCAUUGAGACCUUCGGCCAGCUUGACGGCAUGGUCCUUAACCAUGGAAUUCUCGGCCAGACCGGUAACGUCGCCGUCACUGAUAUCGCGGAGUGGCAGGCAGCUUUCAACGUCAACUUUAUGAGUUUGGUUGCUUUCGCCAAGGCUGCUCUUCCGGCUCUCCGCCAGUCUAAGGGAAAGAUCAUCUUCACUUCCUCUGGUGCUGCGGUAGGUAAGUACCGUGGCUGGGGAAUCUACGCUGCGACCAAGGCUGCCAUGAAUAAUUUUGCUCAGACGCUGGGUUCUGAGGAGCCGGAUGUUACAUCUGUCUCUGUGCGGCCUGGUAUGGUUGAUACUGAAAUGCAGCGGGAGCUACGCGAGGUCCACGGUGCGACACUUGAUGCCGAGAUGCACUCCAAGUUCACUGGGGCCCACUCGAACGGCAAACUUGUGAAGCCUGAGCAGCCGGGCCAUGUUAUGGCUAAGCUUGUGCUUGAUGCUCCGAAGGAGUUGACCGGUCUAUUCCUUUCGUGGAACGAUGAGGAGCUUAAGGAUUUCCAGGAAUAG